CCCGUCAGGAGUACUGCGGGAAUACCUAUUUUUGAAGGGAAGGGGAGAUUAUUUUGAAUAAACUGAUAAACAGCGCGGGCAGAAGAAUAGAUGACGUUAUCUUCACAAAUCUGGACGGAUAAGGUCGGAGGUAAAGGCUACGGUACCACCGGGACCCCCACCUCUCUCUCCGGCUGCUCCUUUAAAGCCGAGCGGAGUGCUGAUCAGAGCUGACGGGGAACAGUUUGGAGCUGGAGCGGAUAGGAGAAGUUGCACCGCCCCGGUUCAGGCAGCAGGGCUGGAGCAGAUAAAAGCUCAGAUAGUGAUUGAAAGUGAUGGUAAAAGGAUUUAGCCCAGGCAUUAACCGAGGGAGAGAGAGGGAGAGAGAGAGAGAGGAGGGAGGGAGAUAUUUUCCAUAAAGCCUUUUUUUUCCUCCUCUCUUUCUUUCUGCCCUUGAGCAUCCCGGGUAAACCCGAGCUUUGUAAAAGUGGGAAAAGGAAGUGGAGAGGAGGGGAAGAAGGGCGGGCACAAGCCUUUUUUUCACAAACUCAAUAUUUUAUACUUUUGAUACUCCUUGACGCUGGAUUUCAGUCCUGUUUUCGCAGCCGUUUCCAGAUCUAGGACACCGAUCUACCGUGCGCAGCCAUCUACGCUGUGAUCAAAAAGUAUCCGUCGGACGGCAAAAAAAGGGGAAAAAAGAAAUAAAACAGAAAAAGAAACCAAACAAACAGCGAGCCGGCUGAUAACGGGAGUACAGUGAGGACCGCGGCGGGGGACGAGUACACUGGAUGGUAAAGGGGAUUUUUUUUUUUUUUGGCCAAACAGGGGGGGUGGACGUGCACGCACUCCGAGCAAAGUGCUGACCUGCCCGACAGAUGCAUGUCAGAAGACAAUCGGAAGAGCUCAACAAAUCUGAAAUGUCCAAUGGAUACAUCUGGAGACGCAUCAACUUCUCCUCCAUCCUCUCCAACUAGCUCCGCCGUUUCCCUGAAGGACACCGCUCUGUGAGACAUGGAUCCGCGCAAACAUCUCCCACCCAACUCCCUGCAACACUAUGGUUAGAGUGCAUGCCGAGACUCCUCUCCGUAACAUUAUCCACCCCCACGCCCACUGCCCAUCUUCCUCAGGAAAUCAGCCAUCAAAACAGUGAAGUGUCCUGCUUUCCUUUCCUCUUUGGGGCUGCCAAUAACUGACGAGAAACGCUGAGAGAAAGCUGCCGAUUCAGUGUUUCGUUUUGGGGAAUUAAUAAACCUGGAGGCAGGUAAUGUCAAUUUACCCUGACCUCUCCAUUCCAAACACAGCAGUAUGGUGGUAGGGAUGUGCACUCGUUCCCUAUGAUUAUCGCUCCAUGCUCGUAACCUGUCCUCUGAGCUCUGUGGCCCCCUCACCCUGUGUCGGACCCUUCUCCAAAUACCCCCCCAGCCUGCCAUGCUCCUUCAGGCUGUGUUGCUGCUGCUGCUGCGCUGCUUGGCCUCCACUCUGGGCCAGUACGAACUGUGCAAAUCCCUGGUGAGCACGGACGAGGGCUCGGUGUGGGAGCAUUACGCCUGCCAGCCAAAACCUAGGUCCAUGAAAGACUUUAUGCGGAUCAAGGUGGAUCCGCCUGGGAUCACAUGUGGAAGGCCACCGGAGAGGUUCUGCACUCUGGAGAACCCAUACCUAUGUAGUGACGAGUGCGAUGCCUUAAAUCCAGACCUUGCCCACCCUCCUCAGCUGAUGCAGGACAAUGAGCGCAACGGCCUACUUACCUACUGGCAGACAGUAACAUGGCGAAACCACCCACUGCCCCUGCUGGCCAACGUCACCAUGUCCUGGAACAAGAGUCUGGAGCUCACAGACGAUAUCCAGAUCUCCUUUGAAUAUGGCCGCCCUACGAUCAUGGCUCUGGAUAAGUCCAUGGACCACGGACGCUCCUGGCAGCCCUACCAGUUCUAUGCCGACGACUGUCUGGAUGCAUUCAACAUGCCACCCAAACAAGUGCGCGAUCUCUCACCUGCUAACAUCACACGGGUCAUCUGCACUGAGCAGUACUCGCGCUGGGUUGGCUCCAAGGCUGAAAAGAAUGUGAAGUUUGAGGUGCGGGCACGAUUUGCUGUGUUUGCUGGACCUCGGCUACAGAACAUGGACAACCUGUACGCCCGAAUGGAAAGUAUGAAGGGACUGAAGGACUUCUUCACCUUCACCAACCUUAGGUUGAGGCUGCUCAGGCCUGCCCUCGGAGGUACCUAUGUCCAGAGAGACAACCUACUCAAGUACUUCUACGCCAUCUCCAACAUCGAGGUACCUGCCAGGUGUAAGUGUAACCUCCACGCCUCCCAGUGCCUGCCAGAUGAGGAUGGCGGGAACCUCCAGUGCCAGUGUGAACACAACACCACAGGCCAGGACUGCCAGCGCUGCAAGAAGGGCUUCAAAGCCAAGUCCUGGAAAGCAGGUUCCUACCUGCCGGCACCCAACGGAACCCCCAACACGUGUACAAUUGCUGGUUCCCCCUCUGGUUCUACCACAACAGGAACUUCAUCUAGGACGUUUACCGCUCCCAAAGCUGAUGACGGGACAGAGGUGAAAGCUGGAGUUGAAACUAAGGGUGAAACUGAAGGUGAGGGCGGGCCCGAGGGCGACGUGGAAACAACCACAACCAUCUCUGAAGCUGAACGGUCUCCCGCUGUUACCCACAAACCACUUCAGGAAGAAACCCACAAGUCAGAGGAACAGCUGCAUGAGACUCAUGGCCACAAAGCUACAUCUUUGUUUGAGCAUGGGGAGAAAACGGAGGAGCAUUCAGGAGGAGAAACGGAAAGAAAAGUCUCCCAUGAGUCUGAAAAACAUUCACCUGAGAUUCGUGGCCACAAAACUACUUCCUUGUCUGAACACGGAGCAGGAAGGGAGGAGGAAGAUGAGGAAGAAGAAAGAAAAUCCAAAGAGACAGUCUCUCACAAGUCUGAGGAGCUCGUACAGGAAACUCACGGACACGCAUCCACAACCCAAUCUCAGCACGGGGAAGAGAAGCAUGCAGAAAGCAAAGUUUCCCACGCAUUUGAGGAACACGACGCUCAUGGCCACAAAACAACAGCCUCAUCUGAGCACGGUGAAAAUUCACAUGAGGUGGUGCAUCAAGAACGAGGAGAAGAACGGAAAGUUUCCCACAUGUUUGACGGGCACACACGUGAGACUCACGGCCACAAAACAACAACCUCACCUGAGCAUGGCGACGGGCAUGAAGAAAGAAAAGCUGAAGGGAAAGCUCCCCACAAUUUUGUGGAACACGUACACGAGAUUCACAGCCGCAAACCAACAACCUCAUCUGAGCAUGGGGUGGAAAGAAAGGAGGAGGAGAGUGAAAGUAAAGGAGAACACACACACGAGACUCAUGGCCACAGGACAACCUCGCAUGUGCAUGGAUGGAGACACGAGGAGAAUAAUGAAAUACAUCCUGAAACAACAGACCCCCACACAUUGGAGGGGCAUGUACAUGGGGCCCACGGUCACACAACAACAACCUCAUCUGAGCACAGACAGCAGGAGCAUAUGGAAAGAAAACCUGAAGGCCAACACAAGUCUGAGGAACACAUACAUGAGGCCCAGAGCCACAAUAUACCAUCUGAGCACAGAACAGCUGAAAUUACAGCCUCCCACAACCCUGAUGGACAUGUGCAUGGUGGAUAUGCAGAAGAAGCUCAUGGCCAUAGAGCAUCUGAACAUGGAGACCACAAGCCUGAGAGACAUGUGCAUGUUGGACAUGUAGUAGAAGCUCAUGACCACAAACCUACAACUGAACAUGGACACCACAAGCCUGAGGGCCAUGUGCGUGGGGGACAUUUAGUAGAAGCUAUUGGCCACAAACCAACAACUGAACAUGGACAUCAUAACCAUGAUGGACAUGAGCAUGGGGGACAUGUAGAAGAAGCUCAUGGCCAUAGAGCAUCUGAACAUGGACACAACAAGCCUGAGGGACAUGUGCAUGAAACUCAUGGCCACAGAAUAACAACCUCAUCUGAACAUAGACAUGGAAGGGAGGAAAGGGGACAUACAGAAAGAAAAGACUCACACAACUCUGGGGGACACAUAUAUGGCCACAAAGCUUCAUCUGAGCAUGGAGAGGUGGAACAUACAGACAGACAAGACCACCACGAGUCUCAUGGACAUGAGCAUGAGGCCCAUGGCCACAUAACAACACAUGGAAAUGGAAGGGAGGAAGAGAGGCAUACAGAAAGAAGAGUCUCGCACAGCUCUGAGGGACACACACAUGGCCACAGAACCUCAUCUGAGCAUGGCGAGGAGCAUACACCCAGGCAAGACCACCACAAGUCUGCCGGACAUGUUCAUGAGAAUCAUGGGCACAUGACAUUAACAACCUCGGGCAUGGGGGAAGAAAGUCAUAGAGAAGGAAAAGCGCACCAUGGCAUUGAAAAAGCAGAAUGGGAAGUAGUCGGUCGUGAGGAGGAUGAAGACAGAGAAGAGGAGAAGCAAAAAGGGAAAAGGCGAGGGCUGCUGAAACUUUUGAUCUCAGGAGAGCCCCAGGCCAAACAGUUGUUUGGGAUCAUAUACGAUGAUUUCAAAGACUGCGAGUGCUACGGCCACUCCAAUCGCUGCAGCUACAUCGACUACCUGAACAUCGUCACAUGCGUCAGCUGCAAGCACAACACCAGGGGCCAGAACUGCCAACACUGCAGACUGGGAUUCUACCGCAACGCCUCUGCCGAACUGGAUGAUGAGAGCGUCUGCAUCGAGUGUAACUGCAACCAGAUGGGCUCUGUUCAUGACCGGUGUAACGGCACAGGUUUCUGUCAGUGUAAAGACGGGGCCACGGGGGCCAAAUGUGACGACUGUCUGCCAGGAUACUACUGGAAGCAAGGCUGUUACCCUAACGUUUGUGACGAGGAAAUGCUCCUGUGCCAGAACGGAGGAACGUGCUACCAGAACCUGAAGUGCAUCUGUCCUCCAGAGUUCAAGGGGGUACUGUGCCAACAUUCGCGCUGUGAGGCGGGCAAGGACUGCAGCGGCGCUUCUUUGCCGCACCCUUCCACGGCCACCCUGCUGCUCGGCACUCUGCUAACCUACCUGCUGGCCACAUUAACGCCCCAUUGAGCCACGAAAAUCCUCCCCACCCCCCAACUCCGCCCACCCCCCUGCCUCACACCUAAAACAUGUGUAUAUGAGCGUAUUUGUGAGGCGACGGGUGACCCAAAAUGGGAAGGGGUCGUCCCUGUAAUGGACCCAACACUGCAGCACUCUUAAAAGCGCACACGCUCACCGAUCACUACUCGACUCCCGUUCCCGUUUCAAACACACAUGCGCACUUCACAGGACUGUAAUGGCACUGGGUGUACACUCAGGUGUGCGAAGGACAAACAGAGAAUAAAUAUGAGCAACCUCACAGAAAAAAGAUGCAGGGGGGGGAAGAAAAAUCAUACCAACCACUGUUCCCUUUAUUCCUAAGCUGGAGCAAUGUGCAUCAAACCAAAAAGCAUAGACAAAAACUUAAUCACCACUGUUUCACAUCAAAGGGAAUGGCUGUUGUUAUCACAAGACUUUUCUUUUCUUUUUUUAAAUUUCUUCUCUUUCUCGGUUGACUUGCGGAUCUCACUUGCAACUGUCGUCGACGGCGUGCGGUCGGGCUCAGAGUGAGGACAAGGCAUGUUGACAAGGGUCGAGCGGAGAGGCGCUUGUUUGAUCCUAUUGCUGAGGCCUACGUAGUAUAUUAACCAGGUUUCAUUUUUUUCUCUUAAUCUGAGACUUGAUUUUACAUUUAUUCUAUUCCUGCUGCAUUUUUUUUCUAAAAAAAUAUAUAUAUCUUCAGUCAUUGUAUCUAAUGUGCCCACUAGCAGUUGCUGAGAUUAUACAUAUUAUAUAAUAUCCAGGGGGUUAUGAAUUAUAAUACAUUAGUCACUAUUAUGGUUGUUAUAGGAAUGAGUGAUUGUUGCCACACUUAGCGAGAUUUAAUCUUCACACAGUAUUCAGGAAGAAGAAUUUAACUAAUCAGAAGUCUAAAAGAGAGAGAAAAGAUAUGAACCACGUAUCGAUAUUAUAUGACAUUAUUUGAAUAUUUUUUGUAGAAAUUAUUUUUGUUUGGAGUUACAAUAAAUUAUAAAAAAAAAAAGAAAUACAUUUACAUCUAUUCCAAAAAGAGCAUUUUAUUACACUGAGUCUAAACCUUGCAGUAAAUAUGACUGUUAAUUUGCCUUCUUGAUUGUACUUUUUUUCAUUCAGU